CCAGUUGUCAAACAAAAGUGUGUUGAGGUGGUUGUUCUUUGUACGCGGAUAGAAAAAAACGUAAAUAAUAGUGCAUAAAAUAUUAUGAACUUAAAAAAAUAUAACUUAUCUUAAUUUUAAGCAUUACUUAAUUAAAUUAGCUGUUGUAUAGUCAAACAAAAGAUACAAAAAUGUCGGAAAAAGAAAAAUCUAAAGUGAAUGUCCAAGCAAAACACAUUCCCAAAGAUGCUCAAGUUAUUAUGUCGAUUAUGAAGGAGGUCGGCAUUACAGACUAUGAGCCCAGAGUCGUGAACCAGCUCUUAGAGUUCACUUACCGAUAUGUUACAUCUGUGUUGGAUGAUGCACGGGUAUUUGCUACCCACGCCAAGAAGAAAACUAUAGAUCUAGACGAUGUUCGACUAGCAGUACAGAUGCAGUUGGACAAGUCGUUUACGAGUCCUCCUCCGAGAGAGGUGUUGCUGGAGAUAUCGAGAGUGAAGAAUGUUAAUCCUCUGCCAAUGAUCAAGCCACACUGUGGACUGCGGUUGCCGCCAGAUCGCUAUUGCCUGUCUGCCUGCAACUACCGCCUUAAGCCAGCUGUCAAGAAGGCUGCGCCCAAGCCCACCAUCUCAGCCGUACCUUCAUUGAAGACAGUUACCACUUCCAAGCCCCCACCCACUCAGAAUGUGGUGGUAAAGAGACCUCCGGGUGCUAUUGUGAAUGUGGCUACCCCCAAACCUACUGUAGUUCCUAAACCUGUCCUCAAAUUCACAUCUGGUACCAAGGUUGUAGCAAAGCCAGCAGUGAGAGUAACAGCCGGCCCAUCAGCACACACAUCCGUCAAGAUGGAGAUGGAUGAAGGACCUCAAAAGCGAAAGCGUGAAGAUGAUGAUUACGAAACCUAAUUUAAGUUUUAUCUCUAUCCAUUAAGUUUCAUUUUUAAGUGUUUUUAUUAUCAAUGACAGUAUAGUGGUACAUUAUUUUA